AUGCCGAAAGUUCACAGAAGGCCAUAUUCAAUUCAUGCCAGAGAGCCAGAACUGUACCAGAGUUUUCCAGGGGAGAGCAUGCAAGACGAGGGAAGAUGGGUACGACAGCACGAGAAAUUUGGCCAGUCACGAGAGAGAGCAGGAGCAACAGCAUCAUGCCAGCCGCGAGAAGUAUACCAGGCCAGCGGCAGCAGGAUAUCGGUAUUACCGCGACGCAGGACAGCGUUCCCACGAGCUGCUCCUGCGAAUUUGUCGAAUGAGGAAUGCUCUACGCGCACUGUGACUCCCGUCAAGAGUGAGGUGACCCAGAUCAAACAAGAGCCAGAGACUCCAUUCUACGCCGGAAGACCCUACUCGCGUCGUCGGCGGCCUGAGCUCCCCAGUACUUGGCGAAAGAAUCCUUGGGCAAAGCAGCUCUAUGGUCGAACAUUACCAAAACCGAAACGACCCAGAGAGGGAAGGAUCAGAUGGAACGAUACAUUUCGUCUGGGACUGAAGCUGAUUAAGCAAGAGUUCGCCAGCGAUUGGAGCGGCAGAGAGACAGCUCAGUUAUUCAGCGACACUUUUGCGACUGAGCUUGUCGAUAUGGGAGUGAAGUUACCGGUAGCAUAUGGCAGGCUGAGCUGGCAGUACUCACAUUACCUAAAUGGUGUGGGAGUUCAAGCGAGCUGGGACAGGGUCGCGGCUGCAGACUUGACAACAGUGGUGGCUUUGAGACGCAGGAUACGCGCCGCGCAGAUAUAG